AUGCUGCGCUUCCUGGUGCCCCGGCUCUUUUGCCUGCGCCGUCUGGCCACCCCGUACUCCUCAGCAGCAGCCCUCCCCAGCCCCAUCCUGAACCCUGACAUCCGCUACAACCAGCUGUUCAUCAACAAUGAGUGGCAAGAUGCGGUCAGCAAGAAGACCUUCCCAACAGUCAACCCUGCCACGGGGGAGGUCAUCGGCCACGUGGCUGAAGGGGACCGGGCUGACGUGGAUCGGGCGGUGAAAGCAGCCCGGGAGGCCUUCCAGCUGGGGUCUCCAUGGCGCCGGAUGGAUGCCUCAGAGCGGGGCCGGCUGCUGAACCGCCUGGCUGACCUAGUGGAGCAGGAUCGUGUCUACUUGGCCUCACUGGAGACCCUGGACAAUGGGAAGCCUUUCCAGGAGUCUUAUUUCUUGGACCUGGAUGAGGUCAUCAAGGUAUACCGGUACUUUGCUGGCUGGGCUGACAAGUGGCAUGGCAAGACCAUCCCCAUGGAUGGCGAGCAUUUCUGCUUCACCCGGCACGAGCCUAUUGGCGUCUGUGGCCAGAUAAUCCCGUGGAACUUCCCCUUGGUCUUGCAGGGCUGGAAGCUGGCCCCGGCACUUGCCACGGGCAACACUGUGGUCAUGAAGGUGGCAGAGCAGACCCCCCUUUCUGCCCUGUACUUGGCCUCCCUCGUCAAAGAGGCGGGCUUUCCCCCUGGGGUGGUAAACAUUGUCACAGGCUAUGGCCCAACAGCAGGAGCGGCCAUUGCCCAUCACAUGGAUAUCGACAAAGUUGCCUUCACUGGCUCCACCGAGGUGGGCCACCUGAUCCAGAAGGCGGCCGGCGAGUCCAACCUCAAGAGAGUCACCCUGGAGCUGGGUGGGAAGAGCCCGAUCAUUGUGUUGGCCGAUGCCGACAUGGACCACGCCGUGGAGCAGUGCCACGAAGCCCUGUUCUUCAACAUGGGUCAGUGCUGCUGUGCCGGUUCCCGGACCUUCGUUGAAGAAUCCAUCUAUGAUGAGUUUCUCGAGAGAACUGUGGAAAAAGCUAAGCAGAGGAAAGUUGGGAACCCCUUUGAGCUGGACACCCAGCAGGGGCCCCAGGUGGACAAGGAACAGUUUGAACGAAUCCUGGGCUACAUCCAGCUUGGCCAGAAGGAGGGGGCAAAACUUCUGUGCGGUGGGGAGCGUUUUGGAGAGCGAGGCUUCUUCAUCAAGCCCACGGUCUUUGGUGGUGUGCAGGAUGACAUGAGGAUUGCCAAGGAAGAGAUCUUCGGGCCUGUGCAGCCUCUGUUCAAGUUCAGGAAGGUGGAGGAGGUGGUGGAGAGGGCCAACAGCACCAGGUAUGGCUUGGCUGCUGCUGUGUUCACCCGGGACCUGGACAAAGCCAUGUACUUCACACAGGCGCUCCAAGCUGGGACGGUGUGGGUAAACACCUACAACGUUGUCACCUGCCACACGCCAUUUGGAGGCUUUAAGGAAUCUGGCAAUGGGAGGGAGCUGGGGGAGGAUGGGCUUAAGGCCUACACAGAGGUGAAGACAGUCACCAUCAAGGUUCCUCAGAAGAACUCGUAAGAACGGCUGCCAGGGAGCGCCAACUCUAGUCCCAGGAUGCCAAAACCACCUGCCAGUGGUUGCCAAACAGUUUUUUAGCCACGGACCCCCUUUAUUUGUUCCAGAUGAACACUUAGAGGAACCUCAACAAAUAAAGCAAUUAAAAUGAGAGCUGCUCUAGUUAAAGCAGGGAUGAAGGCUGGGCUCAGAGCCCUGUCCACCUGCACUCCAGCCCCCUUGGUGGCCCUGUGUUACUUCCAUGAAACCUUAGGAGUCUCUGAAAGACAGAUUAAGAAACACUGAUCCAGACCAUGGCUCUCAGUUCUUCUUACUGAUCCAAGGACUUCCCGGUGGAUUAACUGAUGUCUUAGUGGGUAGACUCAUCUCAGACAUGGAAUUGGAAGGCAUUAGGAGUUUUAAGCUAGACCCCAUAAUC